AUGAAUGGUAUUUCAGUUGAUAUUAAUCAUUUAAAGAAGGGGGAAGUUUCAAUGGGUACGUCGAUUAUGGCGGUCACCUUUAAAGAUGGAGUCAUAUUAGGUGCUGAUUCUAGAACCACCACCGGUUCCUAUAUCGCUAAUAGAGUUACAGAUAAAUUGACUCAAAUUCAUGAUACUAUAUAUUGUUGUAGAUCAGGUUCAGCAGCUGAUACCCAAGCUGUCGCUGACAUGGUCAAAUAUUAUAUGCAAAUGUAUGCCUCACAAUUACCAAUUGAUGAAAAACCUACUACCAGUGUUGUUGCAAAUAUUUUCCAAGAAGUGUGUUACAAUAAUAAAGACAAUUUAACUGCCGGUAUUAUAUGUGCUGGUUAUGACGAUAAAGUUGGAGGAUCAGUAUAUUCUAUACCAAUUGGAGGAUCCAUUCAUAAACAAGAUUAUGCCAUUGCAGGUUCCGGUUCAGGAUUCAUUUAUGGUUGGUGUAAUGAAAAUUAUAAGCCAAAUAUGGAAAAAGAUGAAUGUGUCCAAUUCAUCAAAACUGCAUUAUCCGAAGCCAUGAAAUGGGAUGGUUCUUCCGGUGGUGUUGUAAGAAUGGUUAUAUUAGACAAAAAUGGUGUUGAAAGAUUAAUUUACUACCCUCAUGAAAUUAAAGUAUAG